UUUGAGAAAAAUGUUCUAACAGUAUCCAUGCUGGUAGUUUUACUUGGUGUCCUUUCAUUAAUUGUUGACUUGGUUACCAAGGAACGCAAACAACCCAUCUUGACUCUGCCAUCAUGGAAAUUAUUCCUUGCAGUAAACCUUGUCAUUUGUAUAUGUACCAAAGUAGUUGUUUCUAGGAAUUCUGAGUAUAUCCCUCUACAUGAGAAGGAUGAUAAGGAGAUUCCUUAUCUGCCAUUGGUUGGCAAUAUUACAAACAUCACUUCCUUCCUGUUCCUGUGUUUACUGGGGCCCGCCACAGGGUUACUGUAUGAUAUAUGGUGUUGUGGAGCAAGUGUGAUUCUAAUAUGUUUACAAAAAGACAUGAAAAUUAUUCACAACCUUAAGGACAGCAACCACACAACAGCAACGAAAAUCAUUUCCAUAGUAGUUUUAAUUCUAUUUUGAAUAUGUGGCAGUGAUGUCUGGCAUUCAAACUCUUGGACAUUUGUCAGAUCAUUCUUAGAACUUCUUCUAAUUCUGGGCAGCACGCCUAUUUAUUAUGUGCUCUGGGGCAUCUUAUGGAAAUCUGUUGUGUUGCUACCAGAACCAGUGGUUGUGUUUUUGUUGCCUCUAAAUGCUGCUAUGUUGCUCUCUGGCAGCAGCUGGACUUGCUGGGUAUUAGCCUUUGUAGGCAUUAGUUCUUCUGUGUGGAUGAUGUCAAAUCGAUCACUUUAAGUUAAUACCAUACUCAGAGAAAAGAUAAAUGUUGCAUAACAUUAUAGAAAACAAUGACUUUGUAAGAUUAGUGCUUUAUUAGUUUUUUGUAUCAGAUACAAAUAUUUUUUUUUAUAUUUUAGUAUACAUGUACUGACAACAAUUUGUCAAUA